AUGCUCAUCUAUUUCAUAUUCAUGCCUGUAAUGAAUUUCUCUGACAAAAAUAGCUUAAGUCGAAUUUUAUUCGUAGUGAUAGUAAACCUCAUCUUGUUCUUAUCCCAGGCAAACGCUUGGGGUGAUGAUGGGCACAAAAUCGUCGGACAAAUUGCUCAAUCGCUGCUCAUACCCUCGGCCGCUAAGCAAGUAUCGGAAUUACUGAAAGACCCAUCAUUCGGUGGAAAGUUGAUAAACGCCUCGGUUUGGGCCGACGAAGUGAAAUCGAAUGCGAGUUCUGGGUUCGCAUACUGGAGUAGUCCCUUGCAUUUCAUCAAUACUCACGACGAUCCGGGAAGAAGUUGCUUUGUGGACGAGGCAUUGGAUUGUUUGGAUGGAAUGUGCAUCGUUACUGCAAUAGCAAAUUACACAGAACAAUUGGAUUGUGAAAACAAUUAUGACCCAGCGACCAGGGAUAUCGCAUUGAGAUUUUUAGCUCAUUUCUUUGGUGAUAUUACGCAACCAUUACAUGUUUGCGCUCGACAACUCGGAGGAAAUCAAUUGAAUGUUACCUUCGAUGGCAAGGCUUAUAAUUUACAUUUGCUUUGGGAUACCGUAAUGGUCAAGAAGCGAUUACUUGACUUCUCCAAUAACGAUACCAAAUAUUCCAAUUAUCUAAUCACGCAAAUUUCCAAUGGAACAUAUACGCAGCAAUUGAGUGACUGGGUCGCUUGUGAUAAUGUACCGGACUCGACCUUAUUUGGCCAAAAAAUUAAACGAUCGUUGGCUACCACAGAAUGCCCAUUCCUUUGGGCAAAGGAAUCCAAUUCCAUUAAUUGUCCACUUGUAUGGGAAAUUCCUGAUUCCAAUCCACAUGAAGAUCUAGGUGGCCUGUAUUAUAAUCAAUCCAUUCCAAUCAUCGACAAACAAUUGGCCAUAGGUGGCUAUCGACUAGCGAAUUUUUUAAAUAAGCUGUUGAGCAAAUGUUGUUAA